AUGUCUGCCGAGGAGCACGAUGUCACCUUCGACUCCGCUGAUGCGGGAGCCUCGCUCACUUACCCCAUGCAGUGCUCUGCUCUUCGCAAGAGUGGCCACGUUCUGAUUAAGGGCCGUCCCUGCAAGAUCAUUGACAUGUCCACUUCCAAGACUGGAAAGCACGGUCACGCCAAGGUUCACCUUGUCGCCACCGAUAUCUUCACCGGCAAGAAGCUUGAGGAUCUCUCUCCCUCCACCCACAACAUGGACGUCCCCAACGUCAGCCGUAAGGAGUACCAGCUCCUCGACAUCACCGAGGACGGCUUCAUGUCCCUCAUGACCGACAACGGUGACACCAAGGAUGAUGUUAAGGUUCCCGACAACGAGGUUGGUGAGAAGAUCAACCAGAUGUUCACUGUGGACGACAAGGAUUGCAACAUCGUCAUCCUGAGCGCUAUGGGUGAGGAGAUGGCCAUGGAGUGCAAGGAGGCCCCCAAGUCCGGUUAA